GCUGUGGGCCCUGCUGGCCUGGCUCUCCCCAUUGGGGUCUCCUGCCUUGAUGCGCCUGUCACCUCCCCAAGGAGCUUGCAGUACAGACUGUUCUCUACAACUUCUCCCACAGCUGGGCUAGGCCGCACCUCAAGGCCCUGGUGCGAACAGAGCACAGGGACAUGAACGCUCUGCCACUGAAGCUGGUGGUCGGUGCUUGGCCCAGUGCCAGGGUGAGGAUCCAAGGGCAGGAGAGUGCCAGGCACAUUGAUGAAGUUGCCAUGGAAGCGUCAAACAGGAAUGUUACCAGUCCAACCCGCAAAGUCCAAGCAAUCAUCCAGAACAGUCCUCUGGACCUAAUAGACAUGGGCAAGGGGCUGAAGGUCCAGACCGACAAGCCACAUCUGGUGAGCCUGGGCAGUGGCCGGCUCAGCACUGCCAUCACCCUCCUGCCCUUAGGAGAGGGGAGGACUAUGAUUGGCUCGGCCGCUAAGGACAUUGUUCUGCAGGGGGCUGGGUUGGCCUCUGAACACUGCUACAUCGAGAACGUGUGUGGGACCCUCACCCUACACCCCUGCGGGAAUGCCUGUGCUGUUGACGGCCUGCAGGUUAAGCAGCCCACUCGCCUGACCCAAGGGUGCAUGAUCUGCCUGGGGCAGUCAACCUUCCUCCGGUUUAAUCACCCUGCUGAGGCCAAGUGGAUGAAAAGCAUGAUCCCAGCUGCAGAAAGGAGUCCUGGGGCCGCAUAUGGACUCACGGCAGAAUCAGAGUGUCUAGUGAAUGGCAACCACCAGCUGUCUCUGAAUGAUGUCCAUAAGGGGCAGGGAGUGAGGCCUCGGCCCAGCCACAGCUCCCUGGUCAGCUCCAUCGAGAAGGACCUGCAAGACAUCAUGGACUCUUUGGUGAUGGAGGACUCGAGCUCUCCCAGGAAAAAAAUCUCUGCCAAUGCCCAGUCCCCUGUGUCCUCAGUGAUGAAUGGUGGUGGGCACUACUUCUUGUCCCCACCCUUGAGCCCUGGGGCCAUGUCUGUGGGCUCCAGCUAUGACAACGCAUCCCCACCCUUCUCCCCGCUUUCAUCCCCAGCCAGCAGUGGCAGCUGCACUAGUCACUCUCCCAGUAGCCAGGAGCAGGGGCCGCCCAUCCCCCCAGUGGUGCCAGUGAGAUCUUCCAGCUACAACCAUGCCAUGCAGCCCCCACAGCAGCGGCCACCUCCACCUCCAGGUGGGGGCUCCAGCCUGGACCUGAGGGGCAGCACCAUAGGCACAAGUGGGGCCCAUCUUGCAGGGAGUCCCAAGAUGCAAAGGAGGGCAGUGCAUGGCAUUCCCCUGAGCCCCAAGCCUGGCCAGAGAGCCCUGCCCCCUGAAGGCCCUGGGCUUUCAGCCUUCUCCAGCACCCGGAGAGCUGCUGAGAGCACACAGCUGGGCCAUCCUAAUCAGCACGUGCCCCUGGGGUCUGUAAGCCCGAGCGACUAUGUAGCAGGGAGCCCCCAGGCUCAGCCUACCAACAUCCCCAGCAGCCCCCGGCUGGCACCCAAAUUUCAGUCACCGUCUUCUCAGAGGUUGAAAAUUGUGGCUCUUCAAGAGCGUCCACCCAGCCCCUUCAGGGAGGGCAGGGAGCCCCCUGGCAUUGACAGGCACCUGGCCUCCAGCCCCUCCCGGCAGGUGUUGGCAAGAGGCUUCCAGCCCCUGGAGACUGUGGGUUUCAUCCACGUCAAUCAGGACAGCCGCUCUCUGCAGCCCCCUGAGAGUCCCAGAAUGGGCAGAAGGAGCGUGGAGAGCAUGAGGGAUUUGCCUCCCCUCAGCCCUUCCCUGUCUCGCCGGGCAGCACCCCUGCCCUCUGCCUUGUCUCCCCAAGCAAGGACCCCCCAAGAGAGUCCCUCACAGCAGACCAAACUGGCCAAGGAGGUUCCUGAGAGCCCUCGCAUCCGGCGCAAGGCAGCCAAGCCCCUGGAGAGGCAUGAAGACUUCUCCUCGUCGUCCUCCUUGACGGGGAAGAAUUUGAAAACCAGGAGCCCCUCACCCAUCUUCCAGGCAGAACUUGUCUCCCAGCGUAAGCCCAGCUUUGGCAUCACCCUCAGCCCUGCAUACAGCCUGGGAUCGCUGGUUGUGCCCUCGCCCCGUCAGAGCCCCCGGGCACAGAGGAAGCUGUCAGGAGAUCUGCGGCUGCCUGUGAGUACGAGGGAGCGCAAAAACAGCAUUACUGAGAUCAGUGACAAUGAGGAUGACCUGCUUGAGUAUCACCGACGCCAGCGCGAGGAGCGGCUGCGUGAGCAGGAGAUGGAGCGCCUGGAGCGCCAGCGCCUGGAGACCAUCCUGAACCUGUGUGCGGAAUACACCAGAACUGAUGGUACCACAGACACAGGCAACUUGCACCAGCACUUCCCGAGUGAUGGAGAUGCGACCAUCAGCAUCCUGACAGCCAGGAGGCACUCCAAGGGCUCAGCCAGCCUGGCUGCCUUGGGCCUUGGCAAGGCCAUAGAGGAGACUGGAGAGGCCCUAGGGCCCCAGCAGAGGGAGAGCCUGGAGAAAUCAGAUGAGGAGAAUCUGAAGGAGGAAUGUAGCAGCACAGAGAGCACGCACCACGAGCAGCACGAGGACUCGACGGGCUCCAAGACCAAGGAGGCUGCCCUGCUGGAGGAAGAAUGGGUGCGGGUGCUGGGCCACGUGGAUGAGCUCAAGAGCCAUGUCAAGGAGCUGGAGCAGCAGCUGCAGGAGUCGUCUCAUGAGGCGGAGAUGGAGCGGGCAUUGCUGCAGGGGGAGCGGGAGUCAGAAAUGAUACAGCUGCAGCAGGAACAGAAGAUCGUGCAGCAGCUGCAAGAGAAACUGUGCGAGCUGGACUCCAGCAUCCAGAAGGAGCGGGACAAGCAACAGAACCCUCUGCUGGUGCCCCCUCAGAACUGCAUAUCCACACAGGGACCUAUCUCAAGGAGUCUUGUUGGAGAUGAUCCAUUCCCGUGCAGGAAGGAAAGGGCAAAGGUUGAUGCUGAAAGGAAGGAGCUAGAGAAACUCCAGGCGCUUUACAAUGAGUCGAAGAGCCAGCUUGAUAACUGCCCUGAGUCAAUGCGGGAGCAGUUACAGGACCAGAUGAGAAGGGAGGCAGAGGCCCUGGAGACGGAAACCAAGCUGUUUGAGGACUUGGAGUUCCAGCAGCUCGAAAAGGAGAGUCGCUUGGAGGAGGAGCGUGAGACCGUGAGCCAGCAGCUCCUGCAGAGCAAGGCUGAGUGCCACCGCAGUAUCGCCAAGAGGAAGGAGCGGGUGGCUGCAUUGGAAAGCCAGGCCAAUCACAUCCGGCUCCAGGCUGCCCAGGAGUCUGAGCGCCUUGCCAAGGAGAAGAAUACCAUGCUGCAGCUGCUGCAGAAGGAGAAAGAGAAGCUUGUCUCCCUGGAGAGACGGUACCAUCUUGUUACGGGCGGCAGGAGCUUCCCCAAAACAUCAUCUGCGCUCAAAGAGGAAACACUUCAUAUCUCAGAGCCUUAUGAUCUGUUAGAGGAAACUAAGCCCCAGAAUCCCCUGCUAGGGGCAAGCGCUUCCUUAGGCUCUUUCUCCGCCCACUCUUACCCCAAGAUGCAAGAGGAGUACAUGAGGCUGUCUGACGUUUUCAGAUUCUACUGCAAUGUGUACGGCCCUGACCAGGACACUAAAGCUUCUGCUGUUGCCACUGCUGCUGCUCCACUCGCUUGCUUGCUUGCUGUACCUCCUGCAGCCAAUGAGUACGUGACUGUUGACCAGCUCUCAGGGAUUCUGGGCAAUGUCAGAGCUGACCUAGGGCUGGCCCCUCCUGCUUCCCCAUUGGGCCAUCACACUUCAGGCUUCACCCCUCAAGUUGCUUCGUCUGCAGGCUGCCUUCCUUCUCCUGCGCCACCUCUCUCCUCUUCCUUCAUCUCUGCUGAGAUGGAGAAGCAGCUUCAGGGGGGCCCAGUGCAGCUUUCUGCCCUGGAUUUAGAGAAGUGGUACAUGGCUCAUUUCGAGGCCUCCUCCCCUGCCUCUCCUCACUCCUCCCCUCCUCCUCUUCCUGCUAAAGCUCACUCUUCUCGAAAGCUGUUCCAGGUCUAUCGUGCUAAGAUGGACAGCGACACCGGCAGCACCCUCCCACGCACAAAGAGCGGGUCUGCAUCAUCCUCGCAGCUCAGUGUGGCCACGUUGGGACGCAGCUCCUCCCCAAAGGGUCCCCUGCACCCACAGAAUGGCACAGGUAGCCUGCCACGGAACCUGGCAGCCACACUGCAGGACAUCGAGACCAAACGCCAGCUGGCCCUGCAGCAGAAGGGGCAGCAGGUGAUUGAGGAGCAGAAGCGGCGCCUGGCGGAGCUGAAGCAGAAAGCGGCUGCUGAGGCACAGUCCCAGUGGGAAGCCCUGCACGGGCAGCCUCACUACCCCCCUUCUUCCUACCCUCCGCUCAUGCAUCACUCCAUUCUCCAUCAUCAUCCUCCCCAUGGCAUCGGGCACCGGGCCGAGGACAUGGACCACGCCUAUGACACACUCAGCCUGGAGAGCUCAGACAGCAUGGAAACCAGUAUCUCCACUGGUGGCAACUCAGCCUGCUCGCCUGAUAACAUGUCCAGUGCCAGUGGGGUGGAGGCAGUGAAGAUCGAGGAGAUGGAGAAGAUGCUGAAAGAGGCCCAUGCAGAGAAAUCUCGCCUGAUGGAGUCACGGGAGCGGGAGAUGGAGCUGCGGCGACAGGCCCUGGAGGAUGAGCGCAGGCGGCGGGAGCAGCUGGAGCGGAGGCUGCAGGAUGAGACGGCUCAUCGGCAGAAGCUGAUUGAGAAGGAGGUCAAGAUGCGAGAGAAGCACUUCUCCCAGGGCGGCGACUGCCAUUGGGGUGGCACUGACGAGGCUGCGUUGCUUCUCCAGGCACGGCCCCUGACCAGGUAUCUCCCCAUCCGCAAGGAGGAUUUCGACUUGAAGACACAUAUUGAGUCCUCAGGCCACAAUGUGGACACCUGCUAUCAUGUCAUCCUGACCGAGAAGAUGUGCAAGGGCUAUCUGGUCAAGAUGGGUGGCAAGAUCAAAUCCUGGAAGAAGCGUUGGUUCGUCUUCGACCGUAUGAAACGCACAGUCUCCUACUAUGUGGAUAAACAUGAGACAAAGCUCAAGGGAGUGAUCUAUUUCCAAGCCAUAGAGGAGGUUUAUUAUGACCAUCUCCGCAGUGCUGCUAAGAAAGGACUUUUCAACCUCAGCCUAGCAAAUCAACUAGCAGAUAUUCUCCCCAUUCACUUCCGAAGAGAGAGUCCCAACCCAGCUCUUACCUUCUGCGUCAAGACCCACGACCGCCUCUAUUACAUGGUGGCACCAUCAGCUGAGGCCAUGAGGAUCUGGAUGGAUGUCAUUGUGACUGGGGCAGAGGGCUACACCCAGUUCAUGAAUUGAUGGGGACCAGGAGUGCUUAAGGUGGAGCUGUUCCAGACCUGCCUUCUCUUCUUCUCCCAGAUGGAUUUGCCAUUGACAGUGCCAAGAUGAGCUGGAGGCCCCACCACCAUCUGGAUACAGCAGACAGCCAUUUCCCUGCCACCUGGGGUGUUUAGCCCGCAGCAAGAAGAUCUUGAAUACAGGGGAGCUGCCUCCCAUGCAGAUGUUGGCUGUAUCAUGCCCUUUGGGCCCUGGUUGGUUACCUCCCUGCUGACUAGAGGGGCCUGGCCCUAGGUCCAGCACUCUUGCCCUUUUCCCAAGAGAGCUUUGGGAUGUUAUUUGAAUAAAUGUGGGGUGGUGGGUAUUUUUCGGGGAGGGGGGGGAGAGGGAGAAGAGAGAUGGUAAAAAAAUAGGAAAAAUCAACCCUGUAAAGCCAUGAUUUUGUUACAAAAUCCUUAUUUUUUCAUAUUGUAGCCAUUCCUAGUGGAAUCGCUGUUGCGUUUCCCCUUCCGCCUGCACCAAAUGCCCUGCGCUUUCUCUUAAACACAGUGUGGGUGAUAAGAGUGAUGGCACGUGCCUAGCUAGUGCCCAAGCAUGGUGUAAUUGCUUUCACGUGGAACAGAGAGGUGUUAAGCAAGGCUGGGACAGAGUCCUAGCCAAGAGGGGUUUUUUUUUUAUAUAUGUAACAGAACAGACUUUUUUAUUCUUUGAUGGAAACAUAUCAAUGGGCUGAAAGGUACAAAGCGGAAGAGCUGCCAAAGACCAUCCCACCGGUUCCAGUGCAAACUAGGCCUGAAACUGUUGGAUUAAGGAACUAAGCUCUCUCAAUGCUGCCACUUUUUUAAAACUGGAGAUUGUUGGGCAUCACUAUGACAACUGCAUCACAGACUCAUCUAGCGCAUCCUACCAGCACCUGUGACCAGACCCCUGUUUGCUCCACUGUCUGCUUGACUUGUUUCCUUUUCUUGUGCCAUUCUCACCAGUGCCAAGGCUGCUGCCGGUGCCAGGAUGUGCACCAUGACAGUCCUGCCAGAUUUACUGCAGCUACCUGUAACAGUGAGGGGUCUGUCCAUGUCAGACAUCUCUCUGCUCUCCUGUGCCUUGACCACCUCAGAGUCUGGGCAUCAGCACAGGCAAGGUGCCUGGUUGUAAGGUUCUGAUGGUGUAAAGCUAGAAGUAACUGUGCCAGGUGUGCAAAUGCUGUGGGAUGAGGGGGAAUAUUUAUGUCUGCCAGGGCUUGUGAUCUCUCUCAUGCACUAGGCACUAAGGUGUAGUCUAAUGAAACCAAUGGCUUGUUCUUCUGACACUGUGAGCUUUAAAAAGUGCCUCACCCAAAGGAGAUGCCAGGAGGGCAGGGCAAGAAGAAUGCAGAGCCUGGUUCUUAAAUCUAGGUGCCUACAGUUAACUGUCUGCACAUGCCUCAUGGGGAGGCAGAGCCUAAAUUCACAUCUAAAAGCCAGAUGGUAUGAGGUGCUGAGCCCCCUCAGAGUCCCAGAGAGCUGAGGGUGCACAGCCCCUUGCAGCACUGGGCCCAUACUAUCCAAGCCUGAAGCUGCUCAGCCUGUAGAAGUGGAAGCACUGGUGCUUUGAGUGGCUAAAAAAUUGGGCCCCUUGACAUCUUAUGCCCCUUUAAAGUGGCUACCUAUACCUACCCAUAUUAGCAAAAUCCAGCUGAGAGCUAGGAAUUUCCAGAGCCUUCCUCUAGGGCUUAGUGAAGAGUUAAGUUUCACAACACUGAAAAUCCCUUGAAAGAACAAGACUAUUUAAAUCCCACCUUGCUUUUAUAACCUUGAAAUCCUUAUUUUCCAAAUAUCUUUUUUAACCCUAGGUAUUUGAAUUCCUACAAGUGCCACUGCUGUUAGGCCUAGCUCUCCUUUUGUCCAGUUUGUACCGCCUUCUGCCCAUCUAGGCUGGGGACAGGUAGGAGCCAGUCCAGCCUCUCUCUUUUCAGUAGUUGUAGACAGACUGCAAACAAUAAAGCCUUUUGAGUAACAGA